UCAAAGUCAGUUCUACGGAGGAUCCGAUCUUCCAUGCAAUAACAAUCUUUCGCCAAGUACGUCCGGACGGUUUGCUGGUCCAUCAGUCUCGAUGGACAGUGGAAGCAUGGGAUCUCCUUCCCGAUGCAGCGACGUUGCAAUGUUUACUCCCGGAUCAAAUGAAGCCACCGGGAGGUUUUCACAAGCCGAGAGCUAUGACGAGCCAGCUUCUCCAGACAUGGUCGGAAAGAAGAAGCGUGGGCAUCGUGCAGCGAUUGGGGGAGAGAAAGGAGGCAAGGGAUUGCGGCAUUUUAGCAUGAAAGUUUGUGAGAAAGUCGAAAGCAAAGGCCGUACGACUUAUAACGAAGUGGCCGACGAGCUUGUAGCCGAGUUCACAAAUCCAAAUGGUCUAGUCGGCUCUCCGGACCAGCAGUACGAUGAGAAAAACAUCAGAAGACGUGUGUACGAUGCUCUGAACGUUCUUAUGGCCAUGGACAUUAUAUCCAAAGAAAAGAAGGAGAUCCAAUGGAAAGGGCUCCCAAGCACCAGUUUCACCGAUGCCGAGCAGCUGAAGUUCGUGCAGGAAGAACAGCUGCGCGUCCGCUCGAGGAUAGAAAAGAAGAAGAAGUAUCUACAAGAGCUGCAAGAUCAGAUCGUAGGCAUUCAAAAUCUCAUUCAUCGGAAUGAGAGAAUGUACAACGGCACUGGGAACUUUCCUGCUGGAGGCGUUGCAUUGCCUUUCAUUCUUGUACAGACUCGACCCCAAGCAACCGUGGAAGUCGAGAUAUCCGAAGACAUGCAAGUAGUUCACUUCGAUUUCAACAGGUACCAAAUAGCUUUGCCUUCUUUUCUCGCGACUACAAUCAACUUUCUCUGUUCCAGCUCGCCAUUCGAGCUCCACGACGACGCCUCCAUCCUCAAAGCCAUGAAUUUCUGCGACCCGGGGGCCAAGCCUGGUGGGGGAUCCAAGCACGAGAAUGGAGGCUUCGACGCGAGCCCGAUGGACGAUGGCUCCUCCCCUCUGCCGAGCAUGUAUCACCACCACCACCACGGUCGGUCCCCCCGGAUGAUGAAAAAUGGCCUCUCGCCGCCGCCACUGCCAGGAAUUCUCAAGGCCCGCGUCAAACAGGAGCACUAAGUACCGAGGGAAAAAGCAUUAUCGCCCAAGAACGUUUUUUGCAAUAAGAGGUUGCAAGAGAUUCUUGUUUAAGUCAA